AUGAUAAUAUAGAAUUAAAGAAUGUUAGAACAAGUUAUAAUAUACUUAUAACAUCAGCGAUUCUAUCAACAUAAUUUAGUAAUUGAUGAUUUUGAAGAUAAUUCAAGUGCUUUUUAAGAAUCAAGUUUAAUCAUUAUUUUUUCUAAUUUUUAAAUUAAUAAUUUUAUAGUUAGUAUUAAAAAUAUUAAAGUUUAGGAAAAUAAACUACUUAAUAUGUUACAAAAUUUCCUAUUUAAAUUGCAUAGCCACUAAAUAACAAUCUAAAAUACUUAAUUUUUAAAUUUGCAAAAUUUGGCUAUGUUUUAUCUUAUUGAAAUUAACUAGAUCAUUUUUGAUUGUGUAGUAUUUGAAAAUUCUUAAUAAAAGUAUAAAGUUCCUAUUUCAUAAUUAUGUACUGAGUAAACCAGAUUCAGGAAUCAACUAUUGUAUGUUUUAGGCUUUCAAUAAUCAUCAAUGUCAAAUAUUAAAAUUGCAAAUCUAUUCAGUAUUAAUUAUUCAUUAAUGGAUUUAAAUUAUAGUCUUUAGUUCAUUCUUGAUUUAAUAGGAUAAAUAAUACUAGUGAAUGUGUAAUUUAUUGGGAAUAUUAUUCUACAAAACAAAUAAAUCACUUCAUCUUUGGUUACUAUAGAAUCAAAAUAUAAUUUAAAUAUUAAAUUAUUUAGAUUUUUAGUUUACCUAAAAUAUUUUAAAUUAAUAAAUCAAUGAGCCAUUUGACAUAUAAAUUAAUUUAUUCCAUAUAAAUUCAGUAGAAAGCGUUAUUAAAAUUCAUAAAUUAUAUUGUUAUCAGAAUGCCUUAACUAAUUCGACCAAUCCUUUAUCACAAUUACCAGCUAUUUGAUAGAAAUAUCUAAUUUAAUAUACAUGAAUUCAAAUUUAUUAUCAUAGACUUUAUGGCAACAAUAUUAUGAUUUUUAAUUGGAUGAUUAAUAUUAUUAACAAGAAAUUAACUCAAUUAUUCAUUAAGGAAUUUCAUAUUGUAGCUUCAACUUUUCGUUGUACGGAAAGUGUUUUUUAAGAAAUUGUGCUGCUAAAAGUUUUAUUUUUUAAAUUUAAACCCAAGGAUCAGGAAAAAUCAAAAUUAGUAACGCUAAUAUCGAUUCUGUUUAUACUAAUCUAAAAGAUAGUGAAAAUUCAGGUUCUAUAUAUAUAGACUCAUCUAGCAGCCUUUUAAAUGUUGAGCUAAAUAAAAUAUUGUUCUGUUAUCUAAUAUUGAAAUAAAAAUUGCAUUUCCUUAAUGAAUACAUGUUAGCUAAAUUUUCGUCACAAAUUAUGAAAUAAAGUUAAGUAAGUAUUAAUAAUUUAUCAAUCUAUUCAAUUGAAGAAUUAUGGAUUUAUUUUUUUUCUAUGAUUGGUUAAAUAACAUUAUUAGAAUUAGAGAAUUUAUAUAGAGAAGAUAAUGUUAUGAUUUUUUUGAAAAUUGUUAAAUUUAAAUAUAAAAUCUAGAGGUUGAAGGAAUAACUAUUUCUCUUAUUUUAAAAUUUUAAGGCAUUUUAAAAUUAAAACUUUUUAAUUGUAAGUUAACCUCAAUUUAAAAAUUAUAUUCAUUUGAUCUCGUACAAAUAACCUUAUCCUAAAAAGCAGAAUCAACAAUUUCUAUUGAAAAACUAAAGAUAAUUUAGGGUUAAACAUAUAAACAAAAAAUGGAUAGAAUUCCUAAUUUAUCAGAUUUGA